GAAGGUUACCCCGACGUUUCAAAGGAAUCCUACGUGCGAUCGCAGAUCACAACAAAUCUCGAACCUCUCACCUCUCAUCAAAUCAAAACAAAUAGAAUCCAAUCCCCUAUCUAGCCAACGACUAUAAGAAGCGAGGGAUGUCGAAUCAAACGAUGCCCUUGCCGGGUCACGAUAUGUCAGCAUCAACAACGCGAACUCCUAUACCAUCAUACUGUCGCCAUGAGCUCCGCCAACACCCCUACAGCCUUCAUGGAUUUCACCCGCAAUGAGGUUGAUACUUUGUUCAGCCUUCUUAUCCCAACGCUCCCUGAGCCCGGCCGCUUCGUAUACUCGCAAGCGGUACUCUGUGACAAGGGUGAAAAGGGAUUCUCAGAGGAAACCCUGCCGUCUUUCUACACCAUCGACCUAGUCACGCAAAGGAGGAUCGGUGCUGGAAUUAACGAGAUCUGGGAGAAGGAAUUGGCGGGCCAGGUUGAUGCGCUCAAGGCUGAAGCUAUCGGAGAGCUCGUCCUGGAGUCUAAGUGCGAUAGGGUUUCCUCCCCUAUCGCUCUCCUCCUGUUGAUGCUUGAGAGAGCAUACGGCUGUUGGAUUUUGGCUGUCCCCGAGUGGAAGCCUGUUUUCAAAGCUAUUCUCCAAGACGGAGUGCCAAACCAAACCCGUGGAAUGGAAGAUGAUGCACCGACUACCUGGCUGAAGUGGCUUCGUACUGUCUGUAGACAAGAGCUUCUAAUCGACGCCGUCUUCAAAUCGGCAACCAUUGCGAAUCACGCCGGCCCCCGAUUGCUCAUUGGAGAGAAAGCACCUAUCGCAACACCCCCUCGCAAAAGGCGCAACCCCGAGUUGGAGAAGUUGAGACACCGGGCUCAUCAUCUCAAGGAUAAAAUUGGCUCGAUGAGAAGGGGACGAGGACCAGGGGUCAUGUCGUGCACAAAUAGGCACACUCGGGGUUGUGCUUUCCCCUCGAUGGUGUCUUUCCUGUCGUCGUUCCGAUUAUUAUAUCCUUCCUUUUAUUGUAUAGCGCUC